AUGCCGCCUUUGGGUGGUAGAUCCGACGACAGCGGCGGCAACUCACCUGCGCCCCUCAUGAACGUAUCACAGGUAUCCCUUCCUCUUCACAGUCAAUAUUUGAGGAGUGAGACAUCGUCAGAAAAGGUGAGCGAUAUGUCGCAGCAGCACCAACGCGGUUCAUCAUCCGGCUCUACGCUCCCCGUUGCAUUUCCACCAAUAAUGUCCAGAUUUCAGUUGCCAGAGUUGACAUCGCCAAGAUCAUCGGGCAUUAACAGUGUUGGGAUGGGGUUGUCAUUAAAGGAAGGAGUCUCUUUUCCAGUCACGCCAGUGAAGACCCCGUUGCACCCACGAUCCCCACCGCCAUCACCAGCAGAGAAGCCGGGCAAUAAGAUGAUGGCGCUGUCCUUUAAGGAACGGCAGCGCGUAUCGGAACAGUUGCAUCGAUUUUCUUCGAAGGAAAGAAGCGCAGGUCUCGCUCCACAGAGCUCUGGGCCACCACGGGUUGUUGCUGGACGUUGCGGGCGUGUCCCGAAAGGAACCAUCAGCUUUUUGAGAGGCAACAGCGGGGAGGGAAUCAGCAGUAAUGCACACAUGAUUGGCAAAGGCAGAUGCAAACCGAUGAAGGGAGAAGAAGGGGACGAUAAGGCGGGGACUACCGAUACUCGAGAUUCUACACCCUCGUUACCGCAAUUUUCUCCCGUGGUUUCUCCAGUGACGUGCAAGAGACAGUCACAUGACGACAACGACAGCAUCCGGAAGGAUACGUUUGCCGUGACGCUCAGACAGCCAUCGACAGUCUUAUCUUUCAAGGAGCGUCAACGCCGGACGACGACGCUGUCCCCGUGUUUCCGCAGGAGCCCCACAUCGUGGAUGCAAACGACAGCGUUCAAUGACAGUGGAUGCGGCUUAUUGAGGCAGGCAUGCAGCUUUACCACGGCGCCGUUCCCACGUGAAUUAGAUGGCGCCAAGUUGGAGCGGCAGCCACGGCGCCUCCUCGAUGGAGGGGAGGAAGAUAAUCCGGCAGCAAAGCUCUCUGAUGACGCGGGGCCACCGCUCGUCUUAUUGAGCUCAUGGGGAACCCCGCGUGGGGGAGAUUCCUCUGCCCUCGUGCGUCAGUGGACUUUCCCUGCCUCGAGCACCAAAUUUCAGUACUCUUUCGCGGAGUCUCCCGAAAGCAGGAGGAGUUCUCUGGAGUGCACCGUAACUCCCCGUCAUAUCGAAGCCGUGCCGCUCUCCGGUAAACUCAGCGGCACCCAAAACUCGCGGGACAAUUCUCGCUGUGCCCCGGGUCCUGUCACGCCGCCGAUUGUAUCGCCGCGUCUUAUUGGCAGUAGAGUUCUCUCGCCGAGUAGCGGUUCUUCUUUAAAAGCGAGGAAUGAUACCGCGGAAAGUCUCUCAACGUCUGCCAAAGUAAAUACUGUAAAGAAGAGGGGAAGCAAAGAGCAUGUGACAAUAUGCCGAGUAGCACGCACCACAAGCAACGUUCUUUGCUCUUCAGAGGUUUUGGAGGAUCCUGCAGACUUAGGAUCACCGCCGCCUAAAUCAGACGGCACGGUCAAGCAGCGUCGUAAUGAUUCUGCAGGGCCGGAUAAGGAAGGGCGGACACCAUUGAGAAAUUCGGCAUCGCAAGGCAACUUCCAAACGGCGGCUCCUGUCGGAAUUACAAGUGGGACAGACCGUCGUGAACGCGACAAGAUACUGAAGCGUCCAGCAUCUUAUUUCUCUUCUCAGACGCCUCCUUUGCUGGGUGAGGAUGCCACGAUGGCAAGCAAAACUGCUGAGGACAACCUUAUGCAGACGCCCCAAAAUGUGGAUGAAUCCUCCAGUCAGUUGGAGUCUGGCUCAUCCACGGGACGCGUUGAAGUGUCUGUCAGCCGCUUUCCGGCACUUGAGGGAUUCUCCGUAUUUGCCGCAACGCGGGAAAAUGGGCGCAAGAGCAGUUUUUCAAGCCUUUACUUCUCGAUGAUGAAGCACCACCGAUCACAGCGACUCAUGCCUAACGCCAACCAGCCGAGCCAGAUGAUGCCUGAUGAAGAAACAAACCGUGAGGUAAGGGGCGACAGUGGGUUCGAUGAACUUAUGAAUGGGGACGACGACUCCUUCACGGGCUCCCUUCGCACCAUUGGGAUUUUAGAGACGGAGGAGCAUGUAUUUCUCUUACGGUAUGAGUUGCUGCCAGAAGGCCAGACUCAGAUGGAAAUUAUGUUAGGUAGUAUUCGAACAAUAGGGGGACAAAGCUUCAACAAGAGCAAUAGCGGUCGUGGCAGUGAGUUGAGGCGAGGUAGCUUUAUGAAUCCUUCCGCUAGGCACGAUCGAUUUGACGAGGAGGAGGGGGAUAGCGAUGAUGUUUUUACCUUUGGUAGCAUCUCACCCCAGUACGCGACUGACCCGGUGGAUGAGGACCCAUUGGUCGAUUGCAAGGUGGCUGCACGUCUUCUUUUUAAUGCUGAAAAGGGUGUCAUGCUCAUAUCCGCCGAGGAGGAGGUGGGGAAAUACAUUAGCCAGGCAGCUUGCAUGGGCGCCAACAACGGGGUGAGUGGUGAGGAACAAUCGAUGUGCAAAUGCAGUCAGGAGUUUAUCGCUAAGGAUGUGCGCGGGGUGGACUAUAGCAGAUACCAUGCCCAUGAUCUGUAUCACCACUGUCUUUACUGCAAUCGACGCCCCGCUGCGUUUCUGUGUUUGCAUUGCCUGCGAUCCACAUGCCCUUCACACGUCACGCGGCAUUAUAAGGAAUGCGAGGCGAAAUGUACACUGUUUCUGAAUUUGCUUGAUAUUAUGACAAGCUUUGACCGCAUUUUUUGGUGUGAGAAGUGCCGCUGUUUCACUUGGAAAUACACCGAGGUGUACGAUCCGCUGGUGGAUCAAUUGGCCGUCACGCGCGGGACACAUCUGAAGGAGGCUGUCCGUGAUAUUUCGUGUGUUGGCUAUGAAGUUCAGCUGAAGAAGCUGAACCAUCGGCAACAUCAAUUGAGUCUUUACGCAUCGCCGGCGUUAGAGGCGUUUUCUCCCAGUGCGAACGCUAGCCCCAACUUUUCGGCGACUCCGGCGCCGUCGGCCGCCACGUCCUCUAUGCCGUUUCCGAUGGAUUUAAGACACGGGCGAUUAAUGUCGGGUGCGAAUCAUAACUUUGCUCUGGAAAAGAGGAGCGUGGCUAUUGAUACCACCACCAGUGCUGCUGUUGCGGCUGGUGGAUUGCCCAUAGCGCGCUUGCCACAACGCGACAGUGGGAAACCGCUACCGGAGAGUGAAGUGCUGCGUGUGGGUGAGGCGGUCCAAAAGCUGGUCUCACUCGGAGCGAAGGUGCAGGGUUGGCGUGCCACGCAGGAAGAUGCGGAGGCGGCUUUUGUUGUUGCCAUUCCCGCACUUUCCCCCCAAUUGCUGUCCGACACGGACGCCACACCACCACCAGCAAAAACAAUAGACUCACCAGAAGACGCGGAACCAGAGACAAUAGCAAUGGCGUUGUUUUGUGUGUUUGACGGUCACGGAGGGGACGCCGUGGCGAAACUUGCCGCCAGUAACUUUGAGUCGCAUCUACGCAAAGCGGUGGCAUCCGCACGACACGAUGACGUGCAGGCUCGUUCACUUCUCUUCCAACUGGAUUUUGAGUCUUCGACGGCUCUGUUCUCUGUAGGGGAGGCAUCACCGGUUGCCGUGCGGGAGAAUGCAUUUAAUCGCCAGUUGAGCCGCCCAGACGACGAGAAAGAUAAUGAGGUUAGCAACGAUGACAUCGUGCCGGAGGUUGGCUUCACGUCGGAGACACUGCGGCGAUAUGUCGAGAGCACCAACGCGUGUCGAGCGUCCCCACCACAGGCGGCAGCGGUGCCAAAUUUUGCCGCAGCGACAGCCGAUAAACCGGUUGGUACUCAGGCUCUUUUCUCCAUGGUGGAUGUUGGUGGAUUGGGUGAUAUCACAACAGAUGCCCUUUCGGCCAGAUCCAAUCUGAGGCUUUACAACGCCGCCUCACCGGUCGUGUCGCAGCGGGAGAUGGAGAUGCUCCAAGCAUAUUUUGCUAGCAUCAUGGAGGAUGCACUUCUCUCCCUUGAUGAUGACCUGCGGCACAGUCCAGAGGGAAUGAGAGGGGAUUAUCAGUGUACCGGAUGCACCGCAUGUAUAGUUGGCAUCACAGCAAACUUUAUUCUUUGUGCGAACCUUGGUGAUAGCGGGGCCGCCGUGUACACCCCUUGUAGCAUCCGGCAGAUCAGCGUUACGCACCGCAUUACGGAUCCGGCGGAGGAAGCACGGAUCAAGGCCGCAGGUUACGCCAUCACUGGAAACCGCAUUGAGGGGAUGCUGGCUGUGACACGGGCGUUAGGCGACUAUGACUUUAAGCAGUGCGGCGGCAAAGGCCCCAAAGAACAGGCGGUUAUUGCGGUCCCGGAUGUCACCAUCAUGCCUGUGCCGUUUUUGCAGGACAACGCGCGGUGGGGUGUUGUUGCCGCAUGUGACGGUGUGUGGGAUAGCGCCACGCUGCACCAAGUGCACCACGCCAUUAUCAACACGCCCAACGACUUGGAUGUGGCGGGGUCUGUGAUGGAUGCGGUCCUGCAAGCAAGGGAGAUGGCGUUGGCACUGCCGCAGAAGGCGUCCGCGUUGCUUGAUGGCGUGGAUGCCGCAGAAACGGCCUCGCUGGAUGCUCAGCUGCUCACCUCCGCCGCCGGCAUCUUCGCGCAGUGUGUGGCACCGAGUGACAACGAUGAGGGCAUCGGCAUGGACAACUGCAGCCUGUUUCUGAUUGAGCGCCGCUAG